CCCGCUUCAUGUCUGUGCAGGAGUCGCGAGCUGGCGCCAGGGCGGCCGGAGGAUGCCGAGGGGCCGGAGCCCGGCGGGCCUGAGGCCGAGGCGCGCGCUGCCCCCCGCUCCCGCCGCGUGAGCCCCGCAGCCCGGGGCUAGCGCUGCCGCCGCGCCCCGCCCGAGGCCGCGUCCCCCCGCAGUCGCCGCGGCGCUGCGUGGCCGCCGCCACCUCCACCCAGAUCCGGAGUCUCCGCCGCCGGCCAUGGAGGUGGCGCCCGAGCAGCCGCGCUGGAUGGCGCACCCGGCCGUGCUCAACGCGCAGCACCCUGACUCGCACCACCCGGGCCUGGCGCACAACUACAUGGAGCCGGCGCAGCUGCUGCCCCCCGACGAGGUGGACGUCUUCUUCAACCAUCUCGACUCCCAGGGCAACCCGUACUACGCCAACCCGGCCCACGCGCGGGCGCGCGUCUCCUACAGCCCCGCGCACGCGCGCCUGACCGGGGGCCAGAUGUGCCGGCCACACUUGUUGCACAGCCCGGGCCUGCCCUGGCUGGAUGGUGGCAAAGCCGCCCUCUCGGCCGCAGCUCACCACCACAACCCCUGGACCGUGAGCCCCUUCUCCAAGACACCGCUGCACCCCUCGGCUGCAGGCGGCCCCGCUGGCCCCCUCUCCGUGUACCCCGGGGCUGGUGGUGGGACUGGGGGAGGCAGCGGGAGCUCCGUGGCCUCCCUCACCCCCACGGCCGCCCACUCCGGCUCUCAUCUCUUCGGCUUCCCACCCACGCCACCCAAGGAAGUGUCCCCUGACCCCAGCACCACCGGGGCGGCCUCCCCUGCCUCCUCGUCCGCCGGGGGGAGCGUGGCCCGCGGGGAGGACAAGGAUGGCGUCAAGUACCAAGUGUCACUGACGGAGAGCAUGAAGCUGGAGAGCGGGAGCCCCCUGCGACCCGGCCUGGCAGCCAUGGGCACGCAGCCGGCCACGCAUCACCCCAUCCCCACGUACCCGUCCUACGUACCCGCCGCUCACGACUACAGCGGAGGGCUCUUUCACCCCGGAGGCUUCCUGGGGGGCCCCACCUCCAGCUUCACCCCCAAGCAACGGAGCAAAGCACGUUCCUGUUCAGAGGGCCGGGAGUGUGUCAACUGCGGAGCCACGGCCACCCCUCUCUGGCGGCGGGACGGCACCGGCCACUACCUGUGCAAUGCCUGCGGACUCUACCACAAGAUGAACGGGCAGAACCGGCCGCUCAUCAAGCCCAAGCGGAGACUGUCGGCCGCCAGGAGAGCCGGCACCUGUUGUGCAAAUUGUCAGACGACAACCACCACCUUAUGGCGCCGGAACGCCAACGGGGACCCCGUGUGCAACGCCUGCGGCCUCUACUACAAGCUGCACAAUGUGAACAGGCCGCUGACCAUGAAGAAGGAGGGCAUCCAGACCCGGAACCGGAAGAUGUCCAACAAGUCCAAGAAGAGCAAGAAGGGCAGCGAGUGCUUCGAGGAGCUAUCCAAGUGCAUGCAGGACAAGUCGGCCCCCUUCAGCGCAGCCGCCCUGGCCGGACACAUGGCCCCCGUGGGCCACCUGCCGCCUUUCAGCCACUCCGGACACAUCUUGCCCACCCCGACGCCCAUCCACCCCUCCUCUAGCCUCUCCUUUGGUCACCCCCACCCCUCCAGCAUGGUGACCGCCAUGGGCUAGGGACCCCCACCCCCACCAACCAGACGGAGACUAGAUGGAUGCCUCGGAGGGCGGCCGGCACCACUCCCAGACGCCGGCGGUGUGCAGGAUGGGUGGACAGACCCUCUGCUGCCCGGCUUCCCCCUCCCCGAAGACUGAUGCCACUCCUCACCGCCCGUGGAGCCCACUCGCCUGGCCCGUGGGCACCCAACUCCGCCAUUGGCUGCCACUGUGAAGCUCGUCCCCGGGGCUGGGAGGGGCCCUGGCUGUGGACCCCCGUGGGGGGAAACAGAAAGGACCAGGUUGUGAGCGAGGAGGUGAGGGGCCGGCAAAGGCGGAAUCCGUUUGGAGGAAGAAAUGGAAGAGGCAGAAAGAAUUCAUUUUGCUCUGGUGUCUGCCCAGAACCGGGAGUCGUGGGAAUUCCGAGCUGCCUGCGCCCCCCUCAACACCCCCGACUCCCCCACUCCCCCAUCCUGCGGCUCCUUCCUCUGCGCCCAGUGCUGCCCGGUCAGCCUGUGCACCUGCCAGGCUCUGGGGCCACGUCUGCUGCCCCGCACCCUCUCCUCUGGCUCCCCCCUCUGAAAUAGCUGCAUCCCAGGCUGGGCUGCAUGGAGGGCCACGGGAGUCCCCGGGGAGUCUGAGCCUGAGCCUGUGUGCCCAGCCUCAGGGCCCCCAGGGCAGAGACAAUCACGGGCCGAGCUGUGCAGCUCUCCAGGCUAGGGCUGGGUCACAGGAAGGAAAUGAGUUUCUUGAGGUGUGUGUGGGGGGGGAACACGUCUCCCCACGUGCUCCCCAGCCCCGCGACGGAGGCUGCUGGAACCUGUCUUCCUGCCGCAGCCACAGCUCCACCUGGCCCCUCCGCGCCCCUGUACAUAGAGCCUUUUUCUGAGACACCCCCCUCCACCUUCUCCCUUCUCAUUCUGAGACAAAAGGAAGAAAAAAAUAUUUAAAAAAAGAAAGAAAGAAAACUGCAUAAGCUUUUAACUCUGAUGAGUUAAUCGUUUUAUUUUUCAACUCAUUUUGGGGUCCAGUCCGUUGUACUUUGCCACCGAAGCCCAUGCUCUGGAAAGGAAUAAAACCUACAAACCGAGGCUGUCUUUUGGAGAAGUUCUUGGAUCCCGCGGCCCUGGAAGGGGGCGCUGGGGCCAGGGGAGAGGUGUGGCUGCUCUCGGCUUCCUGGGGGGGCCAGUCAGGCGGGUGGUGACGCGAGAGCUGGGGGUGGGAGAGGCCACGGUCCCAUGGGGGUCCCCCGGCAGACGCCUGGGUUCUGCCCUACUCGGCUUGGCUGUUGGCCGGCUGGACCCUCCCCAAGGUACAGCUGUAUAUAACCGUGUCCGACCUGAGAUGCCGUGUGCGGUGGUGGAGGCUGCGGCCCGGCAGAGGCUUGUGCCGAGGUGAUCGACCAAGUGCAAUAGUGGCAGGGGAUUGCCACAGGGGCCCCACAGCCGGAAGUAACUUAUUUUGUACUCGUAUCCGCCUGAGAGAAAGAAUCGGCAGUAUUUUCUGUUCUUAUGUUUUAUUGGGCUUGUUUUAUUUUGGAUUAGUGAACUAAGUUAUUGUUAAUUAUGUACAACAUUUAUAUAUUGUCUGUAAAAAUUGUAUGCUAUCCUCCUAUUCCUUUAAAGUGAAUACUGUUAAGAGUAAUAAAAUACUUUU